CCCGCAGGAGCCGGCUCCAGCCAGCUCGGAGCGCGGCGUGCGGAGCCCGAGCCCGGAAUGGAGGAGGAGGAGGAGGAAGAAAAGGGGCUGAACCGUGGAGCGCAGGUCCAGCUUCAAGGCAAGGUCCUAUUUCUUACAAUAUGUGCUGCUGGGAUUGGAGGGACUUUCCAGUAUGGCUACAACAUCUCCAUCAUCAGUGCUCCAACUACAUACAUUCAAACAUUUAUAAAUGAAACAUGGCUAGAACGCACAGGUGCAUCUCUGGAGAGUGAUGUGAUAUUGCUGGUGUGGUCUUUCAUUGUUUCUGUCUAUUCUCUGGGGGGACUCACUGGAGCGCUCAUUGCAGGACCCAUGGCAAUCAAGCUGGGAAGGAAGACGUCCUUGCUGCUGAAUAAUGCAUUUGUGAUCAUAGCUGCAGUCUUGUCAGGAUUCAGCCGGAUGGCCAAAUCCUUUGAAAUGAUCAUGCUCGGCAGAUUUUUCACUGGGAUCAAUGCUGGUGUAAGCAUGAACAUUCAGCCUAUGUACCUGGGGGAAAGUGCUCCCAAGAAGGUCAGAGGAGCAGUGGCCUUGACUUCUGCAUCAUUUACUGCCUUGGGGUUGGUGCUGGGACAAGUUGUUGGAAUUAGAGAACUAUUAGGGGGAGAGGAGAGCUGGCCUCUUCUUUUAGCUAGCAAUGUGGUGCCUGGUCUGAUCCAGCUGAUUACUCUGCCUUGGUUACCAGAAAGCCCUAGGUACCUCUUGAUUGACAGAGGUGACAAGGAAUCCUGCAUCUGUGCAUUGCAGAAGCUGAGAGGUAAUGGUGACCUGAGCAGUGAGCUGGAGGAAAUGCUAGCAGAACAGGCUGCCAUCAAAGGUCAGAGGGCAAAGAGUCCGUGGGAGCUGUUCCAGAAUCCAUCUGUAAGAUGGCAGCUAAUAAGUAUCAUUGUGCUGAGCAGUGCCAUGCAGCUCUGUGGAAAUGACUCGAUGUAUUUUUAUGCUUCCUAUGUGUUCCAAGAGGCUGGAAUUCCAUAUGAUAAAAUCCAAUAUGUCAUUAUCGGCACCGGCUGCUGCGAAUUGAUCACAGCCGUUACUUGUAAUGCAAUAAUAGAGCGUGCCGGGCGGCGGUUGCUGAUUCUGGGGGGAUACAGCCUCAUGGCAGUAUGGGCCAUCAUCUUCAUGGUUGCUUUAUCCCAGCAGCUGGUGUGACAGGAGUUUUGCCGACAGAGAUUUUUGAUCAAAUGUCUCGUCCAGCUGCUUACAUGAUCUGUGGCUCUCUGAUCUGGUCCAAU